UGACACAAGUGGUUUCUGUUUCCCGUCCCACGUGACUCUGUCUAGCUUUAGUGCUCUACAGCUAGCAGCACGUCUUACAGCGAGUGUUUUGGCAUUCUGGCGUGCACUGGAUUCCUGCUUAGGACCAUCUGUGUAAAAACAGACGUAGACGAAAGUGAGACACGUGGGAACUUCUGUCGUCGAAGUAUACUAAGCUGGUCGUGUCCGGUGCUGGAGGAAACAUCUUGGGAUACAUCAACGUAGAGGAAGAUGUCGUCGGUAAGCUUCCCCGCCCUCAUCACCAAGAAGAGGAAUAAGGAGGAACUAAGUCGGGAUGAAAUUGAAGCCUUCGUCAACGGCAUCGCCAACAACAGCGUACAGGACUCCCAGAUCGGCGCCAUGCUUAUGGCCAUGUACUUAAACGAUCUGACUAUGAGGGAAACGACAGACCUGACCCGCGCCAUGAUGAACUCGGGGGAUACGCUGAGUUGGCCGGAGGAGUGGAAGGGAAACUUAGUGGACAAACACAGCACUGGUGGGGUCGGGGACAAAGUCAGCCUAAUCCUCGCCCCAGCACUGGCAGCCUGUGGGGUAAAGGUUCCAAUGAUCUCCGGACGAGGUCUGGAACAUACAGGAGGGACGCUGGACAAACUUGAAUCUAUCCCAGGAUUCCAAGUCUCUGUGACGUCAGAGAAGAUGCUGGAUAUCAUCGAAACUGUUGGCUGUUGCAUUGUGGGUCAGACAAAGAAACUGUGUCCUGCUGACAGCAAGAUGUACGCAAUACGUGACGUCACAGCCACUGUGGACAAUCUCGGGCUAAUAACAGGAUCAAUCAUUUCCAAGAAGGCUGCGGAGAAGAUAGACGCUUUAGUGCUGGACGUAAAGUUCGGCAACGGGGCUUUUCUCAAGGACAUUGAUACAGCUAGGAAGCUAGCACGGAUGAUGGUUGGGUCAGGCAAUGGUUUGGGGAUAAACACGGUGUCCCUUCUCACCAGUAUGAACUCUCCACUAGGCAAAAUGGUGGGCAACGCUUUAGAAGUGGCUGAAACAGUCUGGACUCUCCAAGGCAACGGUCCUGAUGAUUUGCUAAAUCUCGUCAUAGAGUUAGGCGGUGAGUUAUUAAGCGUUGCAGGCAAAGCACCCUCUUCGGAGGAAGGUCGCCGUAUGGUCAAGGACACCAUUUCUGAUGGCACAGCCCUGGCCAGGUUUUGCCACAUGGCGAAGGCUCAGGGAGUGGACCCUGCCAAGGCAGACGCCUUGUGUGCCCCCGACACCGAUGUCUUCAGUGUUCUCCCGCGAGCUGGUGCCAUCAAAGAACUCCUCUCCCGAAACAGGCUAUGUGACCGGUAUUAACGCUAUGGCGUGUGCAGUUGUGGCCCAAAAACUUGGAGCGGGAAGAUCCAAGGCUGGGGAAGCCAUUGACCACACAGUAGGACUGGAGUUAUUGGCUACGGUGGG